CAGGGCGAGGGCAGCUCCAGCGCAGUGACGCUGUCUCCACCCACCUCAACUUCUCUGCUUGAGUUUGGGAGUUCACUGCCAACAAUUCUUGUGGCUCAGACACCCCACGCACACCUGGGCCUCACCACAUCCGGCAGCAGGGCUGGGGGAGGGCAGAAUGGAGGGGAUACCCAGGCCCCCAGUCCUCCGGGUGCAGUGCUAGCCCUGGACUUUGCUGCCCAGCGGGGCUGGACAGGGAGGCCUAGGAUGGGGGAGGCCAGUUCUGUUCUGCUUCUCCCUCUUCCCCUUGCCAAGGUCUUGAAAUCCCCGCAGGCCUGGGGAGGGCCGGGAGCGUCAGCGGACUUCCCUCCAGGGCGGGCUUGUGGCAGGGGGAAGUGCUUCUCUCCGGGGCCUGGGGGCUUUCCCUGCACCCAGGAGGAAGAAGCUUUGCCCUACACAUAACUGGAAACCAGUCACAGACCCCUGCUUUCCCCAUGAAAGGCCCUGGGACCCCCCCUCAUUUCUCUUCGGCCCAAGCCCAGGGGCCUGGGCCCCGGGGACUGCGUUCUGGCCUAGCUUGGCCACCAACCUACUGCAAGACCCUGAGUACUGGUCUUAUCCAGGCAAUGGGGGGUGGGGAGGGGGAGGAGAGAGAAAGUCCCUCUGGCUCAAGGUCUCCAAAUAGAUGAGAAAUAGGACAUCUCAGCAGGGACCCCCCCCCCAUCAUCCAGUGUAGAAAUCACCCGUGGCAGCAGGCAUUUGUCAAUGUUUGUGGUGACAAAUUUCUAAGAGGAAAAUUCUGGGAGGGAAAGGGAAAAGGCAGAGGAAGCGUGGGGUUAGGGGGUGGGGUACUCCAAGGGUCAUCGUUGGCCCUAAAGGGGGACCUGCAUCUGAGAAGCUGGGUUCCCCAGGACUGAGUGGCUUGGGACAGGUCAAAGGGUGGGCGCAAAAACGGAGGGGUGCUGGUCCCUCCGACUCCGGGUAACACCUUCCCUUCCCUUAGUCGCUGGUCCCCGCCUCCUCCCCGUGUGUUGGUCCCCGCGCCCUGCCUUCCCCCUCAACCCCCGCCCCGCCAAGUCCCCAGGUCAGCCCAGACUGCGCCCCACGUGAGGGGCGGGGGCGGGCGCGGGCGCCAGCGCCUUCCUGCUCUGCCCUUGUAUGGUGCCCCGGAGGCCGGCCCACGGGUACUUAACCCGGGCCGCCGCGGAGGGCGCCCGGAGUCGACCGCUCGGGCAGCGCCACCGCCACGAGAGCCCGGGACGCGGGAAAGACCGAAAGGAAGAGGAAGAGGCACCGGUGACCAUGGGGCUGGAGGCGGCGCGCGAGCUGGAGUGCGCGGCGCUGGGCACGCUGCUGCGGGAGCCGCGGGAGGCGGAACGCACGCUGCUGCUAGACUGCCGCCCCUUCCUGGCCUUCUGCCGGCGCCACGUGCGCGCCGCGCGGCCAGUGCCUUGGAACGCGCUGCUGCGGCGCCGCGCGCGCGGCCCUCCUGCCGCCGUUCUCGCCUGCCUGCUGCCCGACCGCGCGCUGCGGACGCGCCUGGCCCGCGGGGAGCUGGCGCGGGCCGUGGUGCUGGACGAGGGCAGUGCCUCGGUGGCGGAGCUCCGGCCCGACGGCCCGGCUCAUGUGCUGCUGGCCGCGCUGCUGCACGAGACCCGCGCGGGGCCCACUGCCGUGUACUUCCUGCGAGGAGGCUUCGACGGCUUCCAGGGCUGCUGUCCCGAUCUGUGCUCUGAGGCCCCCGCCCCUGCGCUGCCGCCAACAGGGGACAAAACCAGCCGCUCCGACCCCAGGGCUCCCGUCUACGACCAGGGUGGCCCUGUGGAGAUCUUGCCCUACCUGUUCCUGGGCAGCUGCAGCCACUCGUCAGACCUGCAGGGGCUGCAGGCCUGUGGCAUCACAGCCGUCCUCAACGUGUCCGCCAGCUGCCCCAACCACUUUGAGGGCCUUUUCCGCUACAAGAGUAUCCCUGUGGAGGACAACCAGAUGGUGGAGAUCAGUGCCUGGUUCCAGGAGGCCAUAGGCUUCAUUGACUGGGUGAAGAACAGCGGAGGCCGGGUGCUGGUGCACUGCCAGGCGGGCAUCUCGCGCUCUGCCACCAUCUGUCUGGCAUACCUCAUGCAGAGUCGCCGUGUGCGGCUGGACGAGGCCUUUGACUUCGUUAAGCAGCGCCGGGGGGUCAUCUCCCCCAACUUCAGUUUCAUGGGGCAGCUGCUGCAGUUUGAGACCCAGGUGCUGUGUCACUGAGGUGGUGCCCCUCUGCCUGCCUGCCCCACUGUGCUGGCAGGAGCUGACUGUGGACUGGUGGGCUCCCCUCUGGGCCAGCACAGUCCCCUCACCUCUGGCAGGGCUGCUACCUCCUCAGAGUUUCAGAAGCCCCCACAUGGGGGCUCUAGGAAUGCCGGCAUGCUGGUCUUUCCGACCUGGUGCUCUUCUGCUGGGGGACUGAGGCUGGCCCUCAUUCGGGGUCGGGAACCGAGGGUGUGUCUGCUCUUUCCCUCCCCAUCCUCUGGCAGAAAUCAGCUAGACGCUAUACCGUGGACUCUCCCUGGUCCACCACCAUGUUGAAGCCCUUGGCAGCCUGAGAGCUCCAAGGAAAAAGCUGUGACAACCAGGAGCCCUGUCUGUGGGUUCGCCCGCCCAGGGCCUGGAGCCCAAGCCCUGUGUUCCUGGGGAAGCUGGGGACUUGGGAAGUGAUGGGUGUGUCAUGUUGCGUGUGUCUGUCUGUGAGCCUUUCACACCUGUGCUGGCGCUGGAAAAUUAUUUGUGCUCAGCUGACAUUUAACACUCCCUCCCCCGCUUCCUCCUAGCCCUGUGGGCAGGGGUUGGAAACUUAGCACUUUAUAUUUAUACAGAACAUUCAGGAUGUGUCAAUAAAAUAUUGUUAUAUUUAAAAAACAACAA